AACGCGUCAACAUGUGUGGGCGGGACUUGUCGGAAUACAGGCGUGCAAUAAUAGCUAACGCCCAAAUUGGGUAAAAUAAUCACGUCUGUGAGCUUUUCCCCUUUUUGCAGGAAUGGAGCUGAGUGAGAUUUUAUACAACAAGGCGGAAUACAUCGAGACAGCGUCGGGCAAUAAAGUGAGCAGGCAGUCGGUUCUGUGCGGAAGCCAGAACAUCGUUCUGAACGGAAAAACCAUAGUGAUGAACGACUGCAUCAUCAGGGGAGAUCUGGCUAACGUCAGGGUCGGCAGGCACUGCGUCAUCAAGAGCAGGAGCGUGAUCCGUCCGCCGUUUAAAAAGUUCAGCAAAGGGGUGGCUUUCUUCCCCUUGCACAUCGGAGAUCACGUCUUCAUAGAGGAGGACUGUGUCGUGAACGCGGCUCAGAUCGGCUCCUACGUCCACAUCGGGAAAAACUGUGUCAUCGGUCGGCGGUGUGUACUGAAGGACUGCUGUAAAAUCCUGGAUAACACCGUCCUGCCUCCUGAGACGGUCGUUCCUCCUUUCACAGUGUUCUCGGGAUGUCCAGGAUUAUUUACAGGCGAGCUGCCUGAGUGCACACAGGAGCUGAUGAUCGACGUGACCAAGAGCUAUUAUCAGAAAUUCCUACCAUUAAGCCAAAUCUAACCAGCGAACCGAUCCGUCUCUCACACUCGGGACUCUUUAUCCAUCAUCAUUUCUUCAUUUGCUAACAUUGGAUGAAACAUGAUGGAUGAUUCCAACCAUGUCCUCUGAUAAAGACCUGUAUAUUUGUCUGUUUUUUAUAUUUAAGUUUAAGCGUGAUACAUGGAAGCGUGUGUGUGUGUGUGUAAGGAAAAUGUACUGUGCAGGGAGAUUUCUCUGAGAAGUGAGUGAGUAUGUGUGUGUGUGUGUAAGGAAAAUGCACUGUGCAGGGAGAUUUCUCUGAGAAGUGUGUGUGUGUUCACAAGAAUAUAGUCAUGAGGUGCAGAUGUUAAGAUGUGGUUUUUAUGAAAGCCCGUAUUUAUUGUGUAUAUUCUGCAGCACAAUGUUCCUCUGUUUAAACACACACUCACCGAUUCGAACCCAUAGCAAAUAGAGAAAUUUAGCCUUAGUGGGAAAUUAAAGAUCAGUUUAUUUGCUAGACCCCUGGGAAGUAAUAGCUCUAGUGAUACCCAGGUCCUGUUUUGGUUGCCAAGUAUAACAUUUCUGUAAGACUGCAUUCGAAGUCUGAGCUCAGAACACUGUAAUUUCUGCCUAAUGUUGUUCGAGCUACAAAGCAAACUCGUACUGAUGGAUAUUGAUGUAGUUGAGGAGAGUUUUCCGAGUAGGAUUUCUGAGUUAAGGAGCGUUUUCUUUGCUUUUUUUCCUCACCGGAGGUCAGAAAUUAUGAGUUACAAGCUUUAUUCAGAUACAGCUCAGUAGACUAUUUGGCUAGUUGAGUGGAUUUAUACAGACUUAACGUGAACAAACAAGUAUCUCAUCAUGUAGAACAUUGUGUCUGCACAAUAAACGUUUCGACUUCACACAUAAAAAGUCUGACUGGAA